UCAAGCUUCAAUACAGCAUCAUGCUGGCUCAGGACGAGGAAGAGGUACUUAACUCUUACUCAGCUGAUUCACUCGUGUACUCCUGUUUGUCGUGAGAUAGUCUUUCCUAAUUGAUAGAAUACUCAUGAGCUCCUACUCAGCUGAUUCACUUGUGUAUUGUUUGUAGUGAGAUACUCCGUGAUCGAAUACUCAUAAGUCGCAUUGAGAGAACGCCCAAAGAUUCCCGUCCCGUUUUCCUGUGAACUCCACCAUGAGUCCCAAACAUCAAGGCCUGAAACGCCGUCAUCCUAACAAGACUAGUAAAGUGCACCAGGAUGACAGUGGUGAUGAAAGUGAUGACCUGGUAAACGAGAGUGGCAGCGAAGGUGAUGGCCAGCAAGAUGACCAAGAGAGUGAAGACCAGAAGGAUAAAAAUUUUCAGGCGGACGAGCCACACUUCACGGUGCCGGGGGGCGCGUGGAUGCUGCUCCCUGCUGAUCACCGCAGGGUCGUCAUUCACCUGGACGCGGACUGCUUCUACGCCCAGGUGGAAAUGGUGCGUGACCCCAGCCUGCGAGACAAGCCUCUUGGUGUGAAGCAGAAGAACCUGAUGGUGACCUCCAACUAUGUGGCAAGGUCUAUGGGAGUAAAGAAGAGCAUGUGGAUCAAAGAAGCUCUGGAGGCCCUACCUGAUCUGAUUCUAAUUGAUGGCUCAGACCUGACCCACUACAGGCAGUGUUCCUCCGAGAUCUCUGCAGUUGUUCGGACAUUCACGGUGGAUGUGGAGAGACUUGGCCUGGAUGAGAACUUUGCCGAUGUUACUGAAAUUCUGGAAGACUACAUAGAGGAAUCUGAUCCAAAUAAGAUUGAAGGACAUGUGUAUGGUGACAAAGAGCCAGAUGAGACUCUUCCAGGUGAUCCCUGUGGGUGUGGGUGCCGGGAAAGAUUAAUUGCUGGUGCUCUGGUGGCCAAAAAGAUUCGGCAGCAGAUUGUGAAGGCCACAGGAAUAACUUGUUGUGCUGGUGUUGCUCAUAACAAAUUACUGGCAAAGCUUGUGUCUGGUUACUACAAGCCAGAUCAGCAGACUGUCUUGUUUCCAUGGUUAGUUCAUCAACUCAUGAAUUCACUAAAUUUAACAAGAAGCAUUCCAGGUAUAGGGAGCACAAUGUGUAAAACCUUGGAAGAGUUAGGAAUACACACUGUGAAAGACUUACAAAACUCAUCAUUAGCUUUGUUACAUUCAAAAUUUGAUGAUGAAACCAGUAAAAGGCUUAGAGAUCUCAGUUUUGGCAUUGAUGAUGCCCCUGUGAGAAGGAGUGGUAGACCACAGACCAUUGGACUGGAAGAUGCCUUUAGGAAAGUGAACUCAAUAGAUGUGGUACAAAGCAAGUAUCUGACACUGCUGGAGCGACUGCUGAAACUCCUGAAAGAAGACGGACGCAUUCCCUCCACCCUUAGAGUGUGUGUCCGUAAGUUUGACACCAAGAAGAAGUUUGGUAACAGGGAGAGUCGACAAACUCGUAUACUGCCAUCUUUAUUUGCAUCGGGUGUCCAGAACGUUGGGGAAAAUACAAGAGCCACAUUAAUGAACCAGGUGAUGGAACUUUUCCACAAGAUGGUGGACACAAGCAAGGAGUUCCACCUCACGCUGCUAAGCAUUGGCUUCACUAAGUUCAUUGAGCGAGCUUCACAUGAAAACUCUAUCUCCAGAUUCUUCUUUAAACGUAAAAGAAGUGAGACUGAAGAGCAAGACAUAAAUGAAGAAAAGGGUGAAAAAUCAGGCCAUUUAAAAUCAUUCUCAACAUUUUCCAGUGUUAAUAACUCAAAAAUCCACAGCCUAGAGCUCUAUUUAGAAUCUUGUUCUGAAUCUGAUAGCUAUAGUAGUGAAGGUGGCAGAAACACUCAAGGAAGCAUGAACAUUAAAGAUAUGCUUUCAAAAUCCCAUAAUCAUUCCAUUGAAAGAAAGAUUUUAAAAACAUCAAAGGGAAAUUCCAGUAACAAUUUGCAUAAACAAACAUCUGUAACAAAUAUUGAAGCUUCUGUGUCAAAUUGUGACCAGAAUAAUGGAGAUAGUAAUUGUCAUGCUGCAUCAUCACCUAUUGAGGACUCGUCAUCAGCAGACAAGGAUGGCAUUUCAAGGGUACCACAUGGCAUUGAUGAGGAAGUCUUUCAAGCACUUCCUCCAGAUAUACAAGAUGAAAUUAUUCUUGAUUACAAAAGCAAGCCACCAGAUCCCAAACCAGUACCCAAAAAUACAACAGGCUCUCCAAAAAUCCCUUUUAAAGUAAAAACGACAAGUGCUACCUUAGAUAAAUACUUCAAACGUGACUCUGUGAGGGGACCUCGAGAAGCCAGAGAGACAGUUCCCAAGAAGAUCUCCAGUACAGAAACCAAUGCAGAGGCUGUCAUAAGCCAUCACAGCAGUAAUGAAGCAGCACCACCAGAGAGAAAGGAAGAUGGAGGUGAAGACAAGAGUGCAGCAUCCGGCAGCUCAUCCAGUGGCUUGCCCCCUUCCACCUUGCAGCCACCAGAUGGAGUAGACUCAAGUGUGUUCAGUGCCCUGCCUUGGGAGAUUCAGAAGGAGAUUGUGGAGGAACAAAGACGCUCGUUGUCAUCAAGCAGUGCCUCACGUGUGUCAAACUCCCCGUCUUACAGUGGAAGGAGAACAGAGGCAUCAUCAUCCAUCAUGAAAUACAUCAAGAAGGUGUAAAUAGCAUUCCUGUACAGAGUGUGAGAAGUGUGUAUCAUAAAGCUGGUGAAGUGUACUGUCAUGGCAUGCUUUAAUGGGUCUCUUCAUGUGCCAUUGUUGUGUUAGUCUUGUACUCGGUGGGAGCAGAAACUUGGAUUUAAGAAGCUUCUAAGUAACAUUAUGAUUGGAAUGGCUGUCUGCUACUAGAAUGUUAAUAGUCUUACCAUUUCAGCCUUCAUGCUUUCACAGAACAGCUAUAGUUUUAUAUAUUUUCUAUUAAUUUAUGGACCUAUGACAAUAUUUUUUGGUUCAAGAAGUCAUGUAUUGUGCUUUAUGUGGAUACAAAGUUUUUACCAUACCAGCCACAAUAUGAAAUACAAUAUUAUUUGUAUCAAAUGUCAAUUUUGUAUAGAAUCCCCAUCUGUGUCUUGGAGGGAGGGAAUUGCUGGACAGUAAGACAGAUUAUUGUGAGCGAGGGAAAGAUGAUCUGAAAUGUUUGUGCCAGAUUGUCUUUUAACUUCAUGUACUACUUCUUGAUGAGAAAAUGUACUUUGAAUUAAAAAGAAAACAAAUUC